AUGAAAUUACUCUCACUGACCUUGAGAAGGCUUACGACAAAGUCCCAAGAGACGUCUUUGUGGAGAUGUCCAGAAGCUAGAGGUGUUCCUGUAGCAUACAUUAGAGCGAUUAAGGACAUGUAUGAUGGAGUCAAGACCUGGGUGAGGACGGUUGGAGGUGACUCGGAACACUUUCCAGUCACGAUGGGCCUGCACCAGGGGUCCGCGCUUAGCCCGUUUCUGUUUGUUGUGGCAAUGGACGCUCUGACAAGCCACAUUCAAGGAGAGGUUCCGUGGUGCAUGUUGUUUGCAGAUGACAUUGUGCUUAUUGACGAGUCGCGGAGCGGUGUUAACGCGAGCGGAGAGUACUUAGAGUGCAAGUUCAGUGAUGGGAGUCAAGUAGAGGACGAGGACGUGCAGUUGGAUACUCAGGUCAUCCCGAAGAAAGAAAGUUUCAAGUACCUGGGGUCGAUCAUCCAAGGGACUGGCGAGAUUGACGACGAUGUCACACAUCGUAUUGGAGCGGGAUGGAUGAAAUGGAAGCUAGCAUCGGGGGUGUUGUGCGAUAAGAAUAUGUCGCCUAUUCUAAAGGGAAAGUUCUACAAAGCGGUGGUUAGGACCGGCUAUGUUGUAUGGGACGGAAUGCGGCCGUUAAGAAAGCUCAUGUCCAGAAGAUGA